CGGGGGCAGCAUAAACAGUAAAAGAGACCACAAUUAUACAAGAAUUUAACCCUAUUCGGAGUGGCCUUUGGGCUAUCAUGUCCUACAGUUUUUGGUCGCGUGCUGGUCACACCAAGUUAUUUGCAUGUACAUUCAUUCUCAGUCAGUGAGCAGCACUAGCUUGGCUGAGCUGGUGACUGACUAUGAGUCGGUUGUGAUUUCUCUCAUCCACUCAAAGAGAGAUAAAAUCUUUCACUUUCCCCAACCAACCUCCAGUAGCCACUCUCCAUCCAAUCUGCACUCUCGCCUAGUCACCAAAAGCCUCUGCUCCCCGCACAACAAGUACCCACAGCAAAAUCUCAUCUCGUCUAGUCCACUAAGGGCUCCCCUUCUUCAACUCAACCAAACAAAAUUUAAAAUUUCCUGAUAAUUAUGCACACCGCGAAAUAACAAUAAAUACAUAAAUAUGUACAAAAUAUUCAGAAAAACAUUGAGUUUCACCGGUUUCUUGUAAUACACAGUUGAAGGAUUUUCCACUUUCACGCGUCCAUAUAAGUAUUGGCACGGACAGCUAGUGUUACUGACAUUUAGUUGACUACACCAUUAGCGAAAAUGAACAAGCGCUUGCUGGAAAUGUUUUGUUCGUACCACAAUCACAGUGGGAGUGGUGUCUCCCCUUCGUCUGGGGGACUUCCCUCGGCCGGAGUGAGUGUCAGUAGUUCUGCCAGCAAUGGGACUAGUCCCUCCAACCCCGGCGGGUCACCUGUCGGUCAAGGAGUCUCAAGUCUCAUCAGCAGCCCAUCUGCCGUUGCCGCUGCAGCAAUCGCGCUGUCCGCCGCUGCGACCGCGAAUAACUCGGUGGGUGGAGGAAGUGGUAGUCCGCGGGGGUUGGGAAUGGGUUAUCUCGUCGACCCUUACGUCUCCCCAUACUCAUAUGCCAGUUAUUAUAGUGGGCAUCACCACCAUCCUCAUCACCACCCUGCCGGACACCCGCACCAUCUCCACCAACAUCAUGAUUUGCAUGACGAUUCCUUUGUGAGAAGAAAACAGCGGAGAAAUAGGACGACUUUCACUUUACAACAGUUGGAGGAGCUUGAGACGGCCUUCUCUCAGACUCACUAUCCUGAUGUGUUUACAAGGGAAGACCUCGCCAUGAAAAUUAAUCUUACAGAAGCCAGAGUGCAGGUUUGGUUUCAAAAUCGACGCGCCAAGUUCCGCAAAUCUGAACGUUUAAAGGAGGAACAACACAGAAAACGGGGUGGGAGUGGCGAGAAAGAUUCUCUAGAUUCAAAUUCUAUGAAUGAUGAUGACUCCUCGAAUAUAAAGCACGAGGGACUCUCUGGAAAUUGUGGAGCUGCAGAUUCAGACUGCGAAUCUAUAAUUGUUCAAGAUAACACAAUCACAACGAAAAGCGGAGGAAAUCCAAGAGAUGACAGCGAGGACGCUGACGUUUGCUCACAUUCGGAUAAUGAAGAAGCACCAAAUGGUCUACGAGGCAAUGGAAAUAGUGGAAAAAAUAAACGAAUUUUUGUUGGACUACCUCCUCCUCUUCCAGGUUCAAUUUUAAGUAUUAUCGAAAACGGGAAGUCAUGUGAGCAAAUAAAAUCAGAAAACAACAAUAUUAACUAUUCAAAAAUGAUGCAUGGUGAAAGAGAUGAUGGAAACAAAUCAAUUUGUUCAGACGAUUAUGACAUAAACGGCCAUGGUCGACAUGCUUCAAUUCCAAAUCAUAAUAAUAACAACAAUAAUAGCAAUAAUAAUAAGCGACCAAGGAUGAGAGAAAAAUCAAGAUCAAAAUCAAGGUCUAGAUCCAGGUCCAGAUCAAAUUCGCGGAAUUGUAAAAGUGCAGAAAGUCAGAGCAGUGGUGGCAGCUUGAGUAAUCAUUCCUUGGCAAUGAGCUCAUCAGCAUUGUUUCCCACAGAUGGACUAGUCACUUCCGGAGGGUUCAGACCGGUGGGGGAAGUUCGACCUCAAUUAUUGUUUUCUGGUCACCACAAUCCCUUCAUCAAUCAUGUUCAUGCUCAUCACCAUCAUCCCCUAUUCCCACCGGCGGCUUUGAAAGGACUUGGUCUUUGCCCAUGCUGUCCACCAACAAAUGCCACUGGUGGUGGUGGACAACUGUCACCCACGUCUUCAUCAAAGUCCUUCUUGGGUCACUAUUCGCCCUCAAGUCUACUCUCGUCAUCCGGACUCCUUCUCCCCCCGCUGUUAUCCUCCUCUGGUUCGGGAUCAGGCUCACACGGGUCCCCCGUCCCCUCCAACGGUUCUGCCAUCCCCAUGUCGAUCAGCUCCCUGUUGGAUUUUGAUCCCAGGUAUGGACUGUCGUCCAGCGUGGCAGAGUUGCGGCGGAAGGCGCAAGAACAUUCUGCGGUGCUACUACAACAAUUCCACCAAUCUCUCCUGGGAACGGGGCCCAACCCUUUCCUCCACUUCCCCCAACUCCCCUCCUCGCCCACCACCACCACCAACACCACCACCAGCUUUGGACGGCAGAACGGCUCCCCCUCUUCCGCCGCCGCCGCUGCCACUGCCUCCUCGACAUCUCUCCCCCCUCCGGCCAGCCCCACGAACAACAAUAAUUCCAUCAAGUCCAUUCUCGAUUAAUUGGCAGCCUGUUGUAGUUAGCAACCAUAAUUAAGUCUUUAGAGGCUCUCGACACCCACCAACCAAACAAUCUGCCAUUGUGAAAUAGAAUGGAGACGGUGUGCAAGUUCUACGUGCAUAAUUUGCCAGCGUAAUCUCGUGUAAUCCCGUUUCGUCAAUAAUUUACUGAAUGCCGGAAUGGGAGCAACCGAUUUUAAAUAUUGAACAAGAUAAUGAUUUUCUUGUCAUUACAUGCACACCAUGAUGUGUAAAACGAUGCGUUUAUUUGUAGAUAAUUAUUAUCUACUUAAUAUAUGUAGGAGUUUGCUCUAGAACAAUCCGUAGGUAUAAAUUGUACGUAUGACUUGUCUGUAAUUUUAGGGAGUAGGUUUAAAUUUAUAUAAAUUGUAAACAGUGUUACAGAAUAGAAUCUCAUGUAAAUAUCUAAUUCUUACACAACAAAAAUAAAUACAAGGA